GGGCUGGGUUCUGCCCAGCUCGUCAACAGGCGUCGCGUCACGGCGCAGCGCCCCCCGGGAGGGCGGAGAAAGCGACCGAGAGAGAAAGAAGGGGCAGCAGCAGCAGGCACUAUCUCAGACACAAAGGGAGCUGCCCACUGUGUCUCUGGCAGCUGCUAUAAUCUGGGAGUCGGGACCCAUAUGGCUACCUUCGCUUCUUCUGACUAUUUCGCGGCUGAGUGCCUGGUGUCCAUCUCCAAUGGCGCAGUGGUGCACUCGCCGUACCGCGUGGCUAGCCCGGCCCCUGAAGCGGACGCCUCAACUGAAGAUCGAGAGGUUCGGGAGACUUUGCGGGAAGGGAGGAACGGCAUGAUGAGAGUGGCCGGCAUACUGAGUGAUCUACACAACAAGUUUCGCCCCAUGUCCGCUUUCUCGGAAAGCAGUAACUCCUCAGUCGGAGACCCCGAGAGCUCGUCGUGCGGGGAGAGCGGCUACACCACGCUGUCCGACACGCCGACCCCCACUCCCAGUGGGGGGAGCUCACCCGUCAGGAGACACCGUUGCACUUUCGCCGGCUGUGACAAGGUGUACGGGAAAUCGUCGCACCUGAAAGCGCACAUCAGGACACACACCGGAGAGCGCCCUUUUCCCUGCACAUGGCCUGGCUGUGCCAAGAAGUUUGCACGAUCCGAUGAGCUCGCUCGUCACACCAGGACUCACACAGGCGAGAAGAAGUUUGCUUGUCCACUGUGCGAGAAGCGCUUCAUGAGAAGCGACCAUCUGUUGAAGCAUGCCCGUCGCCAUCCCGAUUUCCACCCCAGCCUGCUUUCCAGGUCCAGCUGUCGAAGUCGGUCACCCUGCAGUCCCUUGGCUAGCCCCGCCAACUUUCUGUAAGAAGAGGGUUUUUGGGGUGUUAGAAAUGCUCUCAGGAAAAGCUCUUGCAGCAAAACCAACACACCACCUCGCUCUAGAAGACACAAAAAAUAUAUUAUUAUUAUUCUCAUUAUUCUGUAUGUUCACUCACUCUUUGUGUGUGAACGUUUGUAGCACAUGUUCAUUUUGGUGAAGAACAUGGGAGCCUGUGAUGUAGCAGGGUGUGGACAAAAAAAAAAUCCUUGGAGGUGACCACUGUCUUUGAGUCAAUGUGUGGCCCCUGCUGUUCUUUUUAAAACUACGCAUCACUGAAAGGUGCGCCGUUUUACAAGUCCUUGAUUUGAUUGCUUGGUAGAGGUUGUGAGGGGUUUCCGUUCACAUUAACACCACAGGUGUGCCAGUCGCCUCGCUGGAGCACCGGCUGAGAUGUUAUCCGAUGUCCACUAAUCCAAGGACUUGAAGUCCUCUUCAGCCCCAUUGCCGUUUAGGAUAGAGUCGUUUUUGUUGUUUUUUGCUCUUGCUGUUAAAUAGUUGAGCUUUUUUUAAUGCUACUCCUUAUAUUAGGGUGAAUUUUAAAAUAAAUUGUAUAUAUAUAUAUAUAUGCAUAUCUUUCUAUUUUGAGAACAUACCAUAUUCAGAUACAUGAGGUAUGGAUUUCAUUUGAGAAUAGAUAGCACAAGGCUGCUUUUCAAAAAUUAAUCCACUGCCUUAUAUAUAAUUUUUUGGGGGCCAGUUUCUUCCUGUUGAAAGAAAUUAAAUGUUCUUAAACCACAGCGUGUUUGUUUUCAGGAGACUUUGAGUUUUUCUUUUCAACUUCUAUAAUUUGAUGGCUUACAAGUGUAUAUCCAACCUUGAAGAGGACAAAGUGCAGCCAUCCUCCUUUUUUUUGGGUCAGAAGUACACUACGCUGGAUUUUCAGCACCAUCUGCACAAAGUCCUGCCAGCUCCUCGUGUCUACAUAUAAGCUGUGAGGCGGCAUGAUGGCCAUCCUUCUUCUAAAACGCCACACGUAGAAAGUCCAGUCUGCUUUUCCAAGCCUGCGUAGAUCAAACGCUUCCUCUUUGCUGCCACGUAGGUAGACUUUGCACAAUAAAACACAAAUCCUGUCUCCUCUGUGUAUUGCGUGCCCCUGUAAAAGUGGACAGUAAGAGUGUUUAGCAACACUGAACUUGGUGGGAUUGUGUGUUUAGGAAAACUGCCCGGUGCAGCGUGGGUAGUGGGUACAGGGGCCAAGGUGUGAAGUGUGUGCACAUUGAUGCCAGGGAGAGGAAUUGCAGGGAGCAUUUAGGAACGGGCAGAUUUUUAUUUUGGUUGUCAGGAUUCGAUUUCGUGCUUAUGUUUUAUUUUUUUCUUUCUAAAGAAUGCUGUGUUACUCUUCAGGUGUCUGAAGCUUCUAGGUUGUGUUUUAAGGUUGUCUGCUUUUGUUUUUGCUUGUUUUAAAAAAAAAAAAAUAGCAAUAGUUGUAAGGAGGUAAAGCCACCUGGUUUUGUUAUAUCCCAGUAAAGCAGUGCUUGAUGGGAACCCAAUUUGAAGUCAUUCAGUAUUUCUGUCCCUCAAGUCAGAUGCAUUUUUAUUGGUUUGAAACAUCCAUACCACACGAGAGAAAAGUAAAUAAAUAAAAGCUGGCAUUGUUAGUUGUAGUCUGAUUGAUCCUUCAUACGGUAAAUUGGUUAUAAAUGAUCAUGUUACGAUAUGGUGAAGAUCCCAAUCCCCCUCUGGAAUGGUCUGUGACUGGGAAAGUCUCAUUCCUGUCAAUACCUCUCCCUCUUUAACUGGAUGUUGAAGCAAACUGCUGGCAGUUGCCCUAGGGACUGAAACCCGAUCUUUGCAUAGGCCGCGCUGUAGAUGCACACGUUUUGAUGCUUUGCUUCCGUUUUCACCUCGACAGAUAAAAGAAAGUUUGCCCCUCUGCUCACCCACAAAGUUCUCAACAGAGCUGGGCAGGAGUUGGGGGGGAGAGCUCUUGGUUGCUACACCCCCUGACCAUGUGACUUUAGGACUGGGGGCCUUAUUGGCACUGCUGUUUAGUUAUAAUCUUCUUUGCUUGGCAGGGGAUAGUUUUUAAAGAAUUCCAAACAGGUGCUUGUUUUUGAAUUUAAAAACUUGUUUUGUAAUACUUUUUGGCCUAGUAUUUUGUCAUGUUUUGCUUAUUUAAUUUUUCUUGCAUAAUUUAUACAUUGAAAACUCAUGUUUCAAGUUGUACUUUCUCCUAUUUUCUUCCUCUGUUUAAAAUUAUUUAUUAAGAAAUCGGACAAGGCAUUUGGAUUUUUUUUUUUUCCUUUUUCAUCUGGAUUGGAGGUCUGUUGUACGAUAUUACAGUUUUGCCUUAUCAAAUGAAUAAAUGCAUUAUGUAACUAAAAGCUGUAAACUUUUCAAUGUGGCAGAUUUUAAUAAAAGCAAGUUAAUUUUUGUGA